GGGGUGGUCCCUGUCCCCUCCUGGAUGCAAGUGGGAAAGGUGGUCUCCGACAGGAUUGCUGUGUCCCCAGACCAACUGCACACCAUGAAGGAAGGAAGGAAGAAAGGAGAGUGAGCCCAAGGCCUGCGCUGCAGCAUCUCGCGGGAGCUCGAGAAGCCCCGGGCCCCGCCCCCCGCGACUCCGGGCCGGCCUUCCCGGGCGGGGUCGGGGUCUGCACCUCCGAGGAGCUCCGGCGCUGCGGGGGAGGGGGACCCCGCUCGGUGGGGUGCUGACCCAGGCGCGGCAAGUGCACGCUCCGAAACUGCCGGCGGCGCGGCGCUGCAGUUACUAUUACCUAAACAACAGCGGCAACCAGAGCAGCUCGGACGGAGGGAGCCUCGCGCACCACCCCCGCACAGUUCAAAACAUAUUGAUAAAGCAAGACUUCCUUCUGAUCUCGCUUCAUCAACUCCAGCCCUCUGCUGUGGAGGUUCUGAGUCCUGUGCCCGGGAACCCAACGGGAACCGGAGGAGAAAGACGAACUCGCCCCGCCUCCCGGGAAGAUGCAGAGCCUCAGGCCUGAGCAGAUUCGGGGGCUGCUGGAGCCCGAGAGGGCCAAGACGCUGCUGCCUCGGGAGAGCAGGGCCUGGGAGAAGCGCGCCACCCCCACCAAAGACUGGGUGGCUGUGGAGGUCGGGGCCACCGGCUGUGAUGGUGACGAGAAAGGGCUGUCCUCUCAAGAGACCGGGCUGGCCCAGGAGUGGACCUCGGCGGACGGAGGUGACGGGUCAGAGGACUCGCAGGGCUUUGUGGAGUGGUCAAAAGCUCCACAACAAACGACCAUAGUCUUGGUAGUGUGUGUCCUGUUUUUGUUCCUGGUUUUAACAGGGAUGCCUAUGAUGUUUCACAUUUAACUAUAAUGGUGGCUAUUGUUUUGAAAUAAAUGGCCUGCUUCUUGUUAAGGAAAUAGUUAAAAAUCAGGAAUAGUAUUGAAUAUUAGCAAAUGCCUUUUAAACAUCCAUCAAGAUGAUUUUUUGUAUUUAACCUUUUGUUAUGAGGUUUUACAUUAUUUCAUUGAACUUAAGACAUCACUGAUUGUAAAACACAUAUUGCUUUAUAUACCACUGAGAAAGAAAAAACAUGCUUCUUAAUUGUAAGAUGCUACCAGCUGGAAGAUGUAUCGGGACUUCAGAGACGAUGAAAAAAUGUGCAAUUUAGGAUUGAUGAAAUCUGGUAGAUUUCUUAAUAUCAAAUCCUCUUUGUAUUCUUAGGGUUGUGGUACACUGGUCUUUUCCGAUACUGAAUCUAUUUCUUGAUAUUUUAUGUAGGAUUCUUCACUCUAUCUUCACAUGUAAGAUUGGUGCUAUCUUUGUCAAGUUUUGGUAACAUGGCUAGGCUUGCAUCAUUGAAGGACAUAACCUUUAUUGUCUUCUAAGCUUUAGAAUAGUUUCUAUAACUUCAGUAUCACUUCCUUGACAUUUUGAAGAAAUUCACCAGUAAGGCAAUCAGGGCCUGGAAGUAUGGAGAGGAAGUUUCAGCUGAAUUCUUGGGCGGCUUUCUCAGUUUCUUCUCAUGUUACCAGUUUAUUAUAUUUCAUUAAUUUUGAUGAUUUAUAGUGAUUUUUAUGCUUAGAAAUUCUCCAUUUCAUUGAACUUUUCAGAUUAUGAAUACCAUUCUAUAAUUAAAUGAAAAUCUUCUCUUUAUUUUGUUCUAUCUCCUCUCUUCCUUUCAACUUCUGCUUGUGGUUUACCCAUUAGAUUUGUCAAAGUUUUAUCCAGUUUACUAUUGCUUUUCCAAAGAACCAGCAUUAGAAUUUAUGUAUAUCCAUAUUUCUCUAGUUUGUAAUUUGUUUUUCAUUAAUAUGUACUGGGCUCAUUUUUUAUUUCUAUACCUUGUCUGUUUUUAUGUUGAAUAAUUCAUUUAUAAUCUUUUUUUACAAAAUUAUUUGCCAAAAUAGUAUACUUAAUAAUAAAUAUACUUCUGAUUAUAGCCUUGGCCACAUUUUAAUUUGAUAAUUUGUGUUCCUGUUUGUUGUUGUCUAAAUGUUAUAUCGUAGUGUUUAUAAAGAGUGCUUUGAAACUCUGAUCAGGUUUAUUUAAAAAUAGUUUUACUGAUUUACUGCACUGUGAACAAAGAAUGUGGCCUCUAAUAUAUAUGCUUUCAAAAGCUUUUUAAAAGCUCUUACUGUGGCCUAUAACGUGUCCAGUGUUUGUACAUGUUUCACGGACAUUUAAGAUGAGUAUGUAUUUUCAGUCUGUACAAUUCAGAACUCUACAUGUCUGUUAAUGAAUUCAGUCUUAUCAAUGAUAUUGUGUAGGUUCAUGUGUUAAUUUUGGCUCACCUUAUCUGUCAAAAACCAAUAAGGUUAUGUGAAAAUCUGUUAGUAUGACUACGUUUGUCAAUAUAUUUUGUAUAAACUUUGCUUUAUGUAUUCAGUCACUAUGUAAUCUGAUGCAUAUGAGGUACAGCACUGUUAUGUCUUUGCCAAUUAAAGGGUAUACGUACACCACCAAGCACAAUGCCGGGCAAUAGUAGCCAUGCAAUAAACAUUAGUUUAAACCUGA